AUCUUCCAUCACUUCUCUCCAAACAAGAACCAGAUUGUAUCUCUCUCUCUCACUAAAAACUGAGAACCGAAGAAAAGCCAUCGCAGUGCGCAAGGAAGGAAACAUGUCUAUCUCUUCCGAACGUUCAUCAGAAACGGUAACACUUCUUCGCCGGAAGAUGGUCAGACCUCCGGUUGAGAAAUCCAACUUCUCACAGACUUGUAGUCUGUUGAGCCAUUAUUUGAAGGAGAAGAAAGGGAGUUUUGGAGAUCUCUUGACCAUGGGAGGCUCAGCUGUUUCUUCCAAUCUCCAACAACCCAAAGAGAAACCAGAGACGAUUUGUCAUCAAACAUUGACGACGAUGAAUCUGUUACCGAACCUGGAAUUAUCAUCUGAAGCAUCGAGCCUCUCUGAGGGAAAAGUGUCUGCAAAUCAGAACAUCCAAUCCAUGGAUCUGUUCCCUCAACAUGCUAGUUUUGCUCAUCAUCACACCUCUUCUUCGAUUCCUGAAGAGGUCCCAAAGACGUCUAAUUACGGGUUAGCUGCAACAUCCCAGAUGACCAUUUUCUACGACGGGAAAGUGCUUGUGUUGAACGAUUUCCCGGCUGAGAAGGCCAGAGAAGUCAUGCUUUUAGCGAGCAAUGGAAUCUCCCAGAAACUCAAUAGAACGGCAUCCUCCACUUCCUCCAUUAAUGAUCAGCUCAACCAUCAAACUACCUUUGCUACUACUCCCAGUUCCAACCAAGAAUGCUUUCAACUUACCCCUCGACCUAAUGUUGCAGAUCUGCCCAUUGCAAGGAAAGCUUCACUCCACCGGUUCUUGGAGAAGAGAAAAGACAGGAUCAGUGCGAAAGCACCAUACCCUGUCGUAAACAACUCCUUGGCUGCAAAAUCUUCGAAGCAGAAGGAGGCUGAUCAUAGCAAGAUGUGGCAGGGAUUAAUGGCUUCCGAUGCUUUAAUUUCAAAGCACUUGGAGCUUCAAUUAUAGUUGAUCAAAGAAACCUCUUUUAUGAUAAAUUAGUAUCAGCUUAAUUCCUACUGUUGGUAGCCAUUUAUUGAAGAAAGAAAUAACAAAUUUCCACCAAUUUUUCUUUUCUUUUCUUUUUUUGCCUUUUUGGGUUUUCUCCCUAAUUCCUUACAAAAACUUUUGUAAUUAUUUACUUGAGUGGCUAUGAUAUUUGACAAUAGAUAAUUAUAUUUUUUUUCUUA